AUGACGGGGUCCAGUCGAUGCAAUUUUCUGAGGACCGGCAACUUCAAUCAAGCACAAAAAUUGUCCCGAAAAUCGCGAACUCCUCAGUUUUUGCGAUUCAAAGCUUCAUGGCAAGAGGUAAGCCGGCCGGCGGCCGCUGGAGUUCUGAUAUUCUCUGCGGUUCCAUUCACGGCGGUUAAAGCUAUAGCCAACAGCUCGGUUGGGGAGUCGCUCCGGCGACAAUUGACGGAAAGGAAGAAGGUUGAGCUCCUCAAAUCUUCCAAACGUAAACAGCUCUCGCAUCUGGCUAAAAAGGACAGCAUGUGGUAUGGUGAAGAUCGUCCACGAUGGCUAGGUCCUAUUCCAUUUGACUAUCCUGCCUAUCUCACUGGAGAGCUGCCAGGGGAUUAUGGCUUCGACAUUGUUGGCCUCGGCAAGGAUCCUGCUGCUUUCAGCAAGUACUUCAACUUUGAAGUGCUUCAUGCUCGGUGGGCUAUGCUUGCUGCCCUUGGUGCUUUGAUUCCUGAAGUUUUAGAGCUCUCAGGAACAUUUCAUUUUGCUGAACCUGUCUGGUGGCGUGUUGGCUAUUCGAAGCUCCAGGGAGAUACAUUGGACUACCUUGGGAUACCUGGUCUCCACUUUGCUGGAAGUCAAGGAGUGAUUAUUAUAGCCAUCUGUCAGGUUCUUCUAAUGGUGGGGCCAGAAUACGCAAGAUAUUGUGGAAUUGAAGCAUUGGAGCCUUUAGGAAUUUAUUUACCUGGUGAUGUUAAUUAUCCUGGAGGCGUACUUUUUGAUCCAUUGAAUCUUUCUGAAGACGCUGUAGCUUUUGAGGAACUAAAAGUAAAAGAGAUAAAAAAUGGCCGCUUAGCAAUGGUUGCAUGGCUGGGGUUUUAUAUCCAAGCUGCCGUGACAGGUAAAGGUCCUGUACAGAACCUGCUCGACCACAUAUCAGAUCCAGUUCACAAUAAUCUCGUAUCCCAUCUGACCUCUGUGUAA